UUCGCGAUUCCCUUGAAUGCCUGUCAUUGAUAUCUUAAGUGUUUACCACUUCGAAUCUAAACCUCACUCCUCCAUUAGUUUAGUUCACGAUUCUUUGUCGACAUGAGGGCUGUUUAUUUGUUAGUUCUCUGUGCAAUAUUGGCUUUUUCUGCAGCUGAAACUCAGUUGGAGGAAAAUAAUGACCUCAGAGAAAUGUUCAAAAUGUUUGGAAUUGACUUGGAUGUGGAAAGUGGUGAUAUUCCACCUCAACCUCAACCCACCGAAAUAUCUCACAAAACUCAUAGAACUCACAAAACUCGUAGACCAACCGGCCCAACAACACCUUUAACCACUAGACACCCAUCAACCACCCCUCCUCCUACACCAUCAUCUACGUCGUACCCACCCUAUCCAACUCCGACCCCCUCUCCUGAACCUCCAAUGAAACUGAAGAAGAAGAAGGUAGUCACUGUCGAAGACUAUGAAGAGUCUUCACAAACACAUUCUCCCAUAACCAUAUCUCCUGAACCUCCAAUGAAACUGAGGAAGAAAAGAGUCAUUGUUGUUGAAGAUUUCGAGGCUGAUAGCGAUUUGUAAGUGUUUUUGGUUGUUUGGUGUUCAUUAUAUUGUGAAAUAGAAUGAUAAUAAUGUGAAUGAAAAA